AAGAAGGUGUCGCCACAUCACAGAUCACCUGCAAGCUUGCUUUAAAUAGCAUUUCGUCAUCUACAGGACGUAACUGAAUUAUAUUCUGUUGUGUCACGCAUGGUAGUUUACUAAUCGUGAAAGUAUCGGUCGUUUAGAAUUUACAACGAUAUCGAAUUGGGAAUGUAAGGACUUUUAUGAAACGUACGAGAUGGCACCUAAAAACAAGGAAAACAAUUCUUCAUCGAAUAAGAAAAAGCGGCAGAUUUCAGAGGAAGAGGAUGAUGAAGAUUAUAGAAGAAGAAGGGAUAGAAAUAAUCAGGCUGUAAAACGUUCUAGAGUUAAAAGUAAAUUACGUACUCAGCAGACUUUAGAACGUGUGAAUCAAUUGAAGACAGAAAAUGAGUUGCUUGAAGAAAAAAUCAAGAUGCUUACCAAAGAACUUGGAUUUUUGAAAGAUCUUUUCCUUGCACAUGCAGGAUCAAGUCAACAUUCUAUCAACUUUCAAGAUUUAGACUUAAAUGCCCUUUUGGCUGAUGAUUCAAAAUCUGAAGAUCAGGGGAAGAAAGGAUCUAAACUAUAGAUCACAAUAAGUUCCACGUAAAGAAAUAACGUGGUACUGAUACAAUUUGAGAUGAAGAUGUGCUUUGGUUCGUCUAAUUCUGUCAACAAAGUAGAUAUCUUGGAAGGAUAUCUACUUUUAAUUGAUUUGUAAGAACCUUGAGGUGUAUGGAGUUUGUAUGCAUGCAUCUCAUUACAAUUGAAAAUUGACCAACAUUAAAAUUUGGGACACUGUACAUCAGAGUGUACAAAAUUGAAAAUAUGAAUGACUAUUAAAAUAUAACUGUGAACAAAGUCACACUGACGAUUUAAAUAUUGAAAAAUGUAAAUUUUGUAAAUAUUCUGAUCAGAGAAAGGAAUAGAAUGGUAUAUAAGAAGGAAAUAUAUAUUUGAGAGUAUUUAGUAUAUUGAACACUUCAAUGACAAAAAUAUCUUGAUCAAAAGUAAAUACAGUUUAGGUAAAUACUGCCACCAUUCUCUGUUACAUUCAUUGAUACAAUACCAUUUGUUAUAAUUGUUGAUAACAGCUUUGCUCGAAUCAUUCCAAUUUAGGUUUUCUUUUAGAUGUUUUUAUGUUAUUAUCAGUCUACACAGAUAUUAAGAUGAAAUGCAAUAAACAUGUACAUUCUAUACAGUUACAAGAGUAGUGAGAAAUGUAUGUUACUAAAUUAUAUAUUUAUAAAUGACCAAGAGAAUUUUUAAAUUAAAUAAACUAAAUGACAUGUA